CUUUUAUACCUCACCGUGCACCCUCCUCCCGAGCUCUUCUUCUCCUUCCUCUCUCACAUUUCUACCUACACUUACUACAAUACAUGAUCAAGAAAGACCACCGAUAAAACACUAUCUAACAUCAUCUCACAUUACCUUGGACGACCUAAACCACAACCCUAUCCAUUGGCCCAUCCGGAUUUAUUGCUUCUACCAUCCACAGGACCAAAUCUCAGCCGGAAAUCCCCAGGAAUUUGCUUUUUUUGCUUUUUUCCUCUCUGCGUUGCCAGGUCAAAACUUACCCGGGAAAUCGAGCUUUUCGACCAUCAUCUAGCUUGACACAAGCCAGCUGCGCAGCGUGUUGUUGAGGUACUGAUUUCUUUCUUUUCCCUUCCUAUGUCGACGCCCAUAUGUUUCUUGUUUAGCCUGUUGCACCCGCCCCCAGGAAUCCUUGGCACCCGCUCGACUUCGGGCACACGUGCACCAAGUCCUUGUGGCUGCUGGCCCAAGGCUAUCUGUGCUGCGAGGAUGCGUUGACUGUGUCACGGUCCCGCGCACAUGAAAUUGAAAUGAAAUGUCACUCAAACCUGGAGCUCAACAUUUUCCCUUGGAGAACCUUGGAUGGACCAAUUAUGACCCCGGACAAAUGAUUUAUUACCCAGGAGAUUCCCAUGGAUUGGCCAUUCAUUUGAAAAAAAUGCUACCCUGGAUUUGCAUCUCUUGCUAUUUGACCUGGUUUACCUCGUGUGCUCUGACAAUCGACAUUCGGCAACUGUGUGUGACCCUACAAUAACUGUUAUGGGACAGAUUAUACACAUUCGACAACGCCAUACCACAAAUGCCCUGGACAGGAGUUGAUCAUGUCACUACGAUGAGGAUCACAACGAAUGCUUUUUUGAAACGCCUGUGUUCACGCUCACAUUCGACGAAUGACCGACUAGGAAAUUGACACAAGGACCGGACUUGUUUUUCAACUUGACGGCAUUUGCUGCAGUGUUGCCGGGUUUAGAAUGUUCGAACUUUCCGGAAGGAACUUAGGUUCCAUGGACCUUGUCGCCCGGCUGGGUCUGCCGUCUCAUGCUUUGCUAUCCUCGUUGUCCUGGACCGCAUACCUUGGCCAGAGGGUUCUGUCUCUUCGCCAACCGUACGGAUUUCGUCAACAAUCUACCAACGUCACCACGGAACUUGAGCUUCGGAAUCUCACCCCUGGGUCGGCCAGACGUUGCCGGCAUCCCUGGUCGAUGACCAUCUCCCUCCCGCCCGGACCUCUCCCAGUCGCCCUUGUUUCCAUUUAACAAUGCUAUGUUUUCGGUGUCGGAUGUUUGUGUGAUAUGGGGGCGAGUAACUAACAUGUUCGCACUGGCAGAAAAAUCAUUUGUUCAACAAUGACUUCAACAUUAACCAGGAGAAAUCCACUACUGGCCACUAUUACUCCAGGAUCUCAAAGCCGGGUACCGAGGACCAUGCCUAUGACUUAUCCGGAUUCUGUUCCAUUUAGUUCCGCCUCCAUGGCCGGAGGAAUCUCCAACGCACACUUUUCUUUGACUUCUACCUCUGGAUCGCGCCGGUGUCACGGGACCGCACCGAGCGCCUUCUCUUCGGGACAAUAUCCUCCCAAUGAUGACUUCUUCUUGUCAGCCUCUUCCGCAAUGACCUAUGCUGCCAUGACCGUCUCUGACGGUGCAUUCGUCGUACCCGUGAUGUCGAGCUUGAGUGGCUUUGAUGCAGAUCCGGCAUCUGAAUUCCUGACGGAGGAGGCUUUCUCAGGCGACAAUUCUGCAGACUUGAACCUCGUGCCAUCGUCGCAAUUUCCAGGACAAGACCAGCCAGAGGACCUCAUGAUUUCCAGUUACAUGCCCAUGGAUGCUUCGCCACUUUAUCAUCCCGGAAUGGUGAACUACAACUCGCAGAGUUUCUCGGUGCAGAGACUACCAACCCCUCCUCCAGAGGAAUAUGUCCGUGAUUGUUUGUCAGCCCAGACCUUGCAGGAGAAGAUAUGCCCGGAUGCCCAGGACUCCGCUUUCUACGGGAUCAACCCCGUCUCCAAGGCGCUGCCAGACAGCCUCAAAGGACGCAGUGUGUUUCGACCUAGGCCCAUUCGAUCUGCAUCAGAACGGAAUGGCGCCGUUGACCAAGGUGUUUCGUGCAUCGUCCCUGCUGAGACCCGGAGCCCCAAAGAGGAACAAUCGGACCGAGAAAAGGCCAGAAGUGGACCGCUCUACGAAGCCAGGCCCGACAAAAGUGGACACUAUCACUGCCCCAUGUUCGAGAAGCUCAAGUGCAAUCACCAACCCACCAAGCAAAAAUGUAUCUACAACAAAUACGUGGAUUCCCAUUUGAGGCCAUACCGCUGCCGUUUCACGGAUCGCCCGGAAUGCGAGGAUCUCAGGUUUUCUUCCAAUGCAUGCCUCCUUCGGCACGAGAGAGAGGCCCACGGAGAACAUAACCACGGAGUGAAUCCCUACUUGUGCAAAUUCCCGGACUGUGACCGUGCCCGAGAAGGAAAUGGAUUUCCUCGGAGAUGGAACCAACGCGACCAUAUGAAAAGAGUCCACCAAUACGAAGAACCUGAACCUCUUCCCAAGAAGAGCUCAGCCACUCAAAGUCAGAACAAGAGGAAGAAGCCAACAUCUGUGCCCAUGAGGAGGUCCAACUCCUCCACCUUGUCCAAGGCCCAUGCGAUGGCGAAUGCUGCCAUCCAAGCGCAGACCUAUGGCCAGGCCAUGACCCGGGCCCAGUACGUCGCUCCAGGCGCGUACACCAUUCAGACCCAGGACUAUGAUGCAAUGAUGCCACAAACCGUGUCGAUGGACGAUGUCCAGUUCUCGCCCAGGCCCGCCAUCUCCAGGACAUGCCGGGUGUCACCACCAUACUCCGGGGUCUAUCCUUCAUGAGUUUCUUUCUUUUGUUCAUCCUUAACUCAAUGAAAUGAAUGAAGUGAUAUAUACCCUGUGCAACCUACCACCUAAAGAAUACUGGAUGUUUUCAUCGCUCUUCUUCUGAACUUGCAUUAUCCCAGCCAUAGAGCCGGCCCACCGCUGUAUUGCAGAGCGGCAAUACCAGAGGUGAAACAGAACAACAGUGCUGCCGCGCGGAGAAUGCAGCCACAACUCUACCACAAUGCCGAGCCAUACGUUCUCAAUACCAUGUCUCAUCACCCAGGUACGACCAAGCCACAGGACAAUUUUUUUCCCUUUGCAGAAGAAAUGUGAAUGCCGGAGGUUGUUGUUUUAUAUCCCAGGACUGGCCAACAUAUCCACCCAAGGAGUUAUUCCCCCAGGAUUCAUUUCCAGGACAGGCCAAUAUGCUUUGUGACAAUUCUUCCGACAUGUUCAAACGAUCAUCAGGGGGUGGACCGGGUGGUGGACACCUAUGCAAUCUUACAUCAUUCGACUAGAGGCACCCGGCGAGGGGAAUGGGAUAGAUAGAGACUUCUUGACAGCAGUGUCAGUACUAAUCGCUGUGAAUGUACUGUACGCACAAUCAUGUAGCUAGUUUCGGGGCUUUUCGCAGGGAUACCAGAAUUUGGCCAUUCGAGUAAAGAUCUUGGACUCAGAAAUUCCCUCCUUGAAAGCCUCACUAAGGCCUGGCGGGCCCCUCCCCAACGACCC